AUGGCGCCUCGUCGAUCGGCUGCUCGGCGUCCUGCCUUCCCCAUUGCUGCGUCCCUGCUCGUCUCGUCUGCUAUAAUUGCUCCUAUCUCGGGCCACGCACUUCCUCAUCAGACAGUCGCGCCGACUGCGACAGCAGACACCCUGACAUGGCCAAUUCAGUCCACCCUGGCACCGGUCAUCCCACCUCUGCUCGCAGGUCGCGAUUUCAACACCGUAUGUGGUUAUAUAGGAGGCAACCCCAACCUGCCCGCGACCUGCAUCGAGGGUACACAUUGCGUCGUCGACGUCGAACACAACGCUAUCGGCUGCUGUCCAGAUGAAGGCGACUGUACUACGGGCAUCUUCACCGGCUGCGUCGACGACAAGAACCCCGGCCGUAGCGUCGUUGAUCCUCAUAUUUACACUUGCGGCGUUGGAGAUGUGUGCUACAAAAACACCUUUCAAGGCGGCUUCUUCCAGUAUGGUUGCGGCUCAGCUUCUGAAAUGGCUACCACAGUGGCUUUUACCGCGGCUGGCAAGCCUGCCAUCGCUUACACAACCGUCUCGGUUUCUCUGCGUCCUACUGUGACUCUGACCACGGAAACUAGCAGUGAUGGCAGAGCCCCUAGUAGCACCUUGGGUCGUGAUAGUAAGCCCACUGGCAAGAACUCGACCGAGGUCGACGGAGGAGUCAACCACACCAGCGUCAUUGUCGGUGGCACUGUUGGUGGCGCCAUUGCUCUUUUUCUGCUGUUCGUCCUGGCAGCCUUUCUCUGGCGCCGCAAAAAGAAUUCCAAGGCAGCUGAAGCCGAAGAGGAACCCAAGUUUAUCAGUCGUCCGUUGGCUAGUCCAGAUAAUGACUACGAAGACAUCGACGACAUGACUGACACACGCCCCGCGCCUAAGCCUCCUGGACCUACAAGCCAGUCUGAAGAAGAAAUAGAAUCGUGGCCUAUUCCUCCCGGAACAAAGGGGGGUGUCAUCGGCGGCGCUAAUGGCGUCAUGGAGACUGAUAAAACACCACUCACGCAGCAUAACGCUCUUGCGCCCAUUAAUAAUAUUGACAACUUUUCCCCUGUCGACACUGGCAGCGUGCCUCGCCGAGGUGGUGAGCGCCCAUUCUGGCAGCAAACUGGCGGUGGUCGCACUCGAAACCUGACUCGAUCCUGA